AUGAUUCCUACAAAAUCCUUACUUUUAUAAACUAUUAUCCUCAUUUAAAGUUUAAUUCAGAAUGUUGAAGCAAAUCAAGAUACAAAUUCAUGUGAAAAUUUGAUUUUACAAAAAAAUGAAUUAUACUGUGAAUUUAGAGAUUUAAAUUACUUUUUUAUAGGUUAAAAUAGUGAUAAUUUAUCUAAUACAGAUACAUUGUAGUUAUCUGAAGAUUUAAUUUAAGUUUCAAGUGGACCAUUAUUGUUUUCAAAGGAUAAUAUAGUCAUAAGUAUAAAAUUUAGAGAACUUCUCAAUGAAAAUGAGAUUUGUUCAUUAAUUUAUAAUACUAAAAUAAAUACAUAUUCCUUAAAUUGUAUUUCAACAUAACCAACCUUUAUUAUUGAUAACAAGUUUUAGUUACUCAUUAAUACUUAAUUUAAUUUAGAAAUAUAAAAAGUAUAAAGUUUUAACUGUUCAUAAUUGGAUUAUAAUACAGAAGGCUACAUUUUAUUAUGUUAUUCCAUUCAUUAAAUUAAACUUUAUUAAUUAUCUAUAGAAUAACAUAAAUUAAAUUAAACUGUUAUAUUUCAAUCAGAAAAUCAUAAUUUAUAAUGUCUUUUAAAGUUUCACUCAUAUUCCAAUUCUUUUCUUAUAAUAUACUUUUAAUGUUUAGAAUGGAAGAUUUAAAUUUAUGAAAACAAUACUGUUAAAUUAGAAAUUGAUCAAAAUUAUUUAAAAGAGAAAUAUAAUAUUGAAGGAAACUUACUUGACGUUAUACCAUGUUAAUCUAAUUUUUUAAUUUUGCUUUCAUCUGGUGGAUAUUUAAUGAAUAAUGAAAAUUUUAAGUAAAUAUUUAUUACAUAGGGACUAAAAUUAAAUGAAAUUCUGAUUGAAUUUAAUAAUAAUUGUCAAAUAAAUUUUGCAGUAAAAGCUUAAACCAAUAAAUAUUUUUUGUCUUCCCUUCCCUAAAAGUAUUCAGAUUUAAUUUUUAAUACAAAGGAUUUUCCAAAAUAAAUCUUUGUAAUUAAAUUUCCAUUUAGUUUAUUUCUCAAAUAUGAAGAUUAUUUCACUUUUUAUAUAAAUGACUUCCUUUAUUAAACUAUAAGAUUAAAAAUUUAGAAUUUAUUAUAACUUUCUAAUUAAAGAAUAUAUAUGGGAAUAGGAGAAGGAAAUUAAAUAAUAUUAAUUCUGAUCAAGUAUUCAAAAUAAUGCUUACCAUCUUAUAAUAUCAAUAACGAAAUCUCAAAAUACUACUUUAGAUUGGAAUAAGUCAAAGAUUCAGCAUUUAUUUAGAAUCAUAAUUGGGAUUGUUAUAAACUGAUUAUAAUUGAUAAUGAUGAAUAGAAAAAGUAAUAUGCUAUAAGCAUUAAUUUAAAAAAUAAAAAUUAUUAUAUCGAGAGAACCAAUUAUGAAGAUAAGUUUUAAAUAACUAUUAUUAGAUCAUCAUUUUCUUCAAUUCAACCUCAUAGAAUAACGUUCUCAUCUUCAUCAAACUAAAUUAAUUUUUAAUUACAAAUCAAUUAAGUAAAAUGUUAAUUUAAUCAUUAUUUAAAAAAUUAUAAAGGAAAAUUUUUUAUUAAAACUAAAAAUGAUUAAAUUUAUUCGAUAAUUGUCUAAAGUUAUGGAAAUAAUAUUGUUGAAUAUAGUUGUGAUAAUCAAAAUAAUCAUAUGUAUGAAAGUUUAUUACCGUUAAAUGAAUAAACAAUACUUAAUCUUGAUUAUUUAAAUACUCUUUUACUCUUAGAUUAAUAAAAACGAUGUCUAUAUAAGUUAAUAUUACAAGAUGAAAAUUUAUAAUAGAUGCCAAUCAAGAUUACUUGUUUAGAGUCAUAAAUUGAAAAGAUUUUUAAUAUUAAUUAUAAAAUUAUCUUAAAAUUAAAGGAUUAAUUUGUACUCUACAAUUUAAAAUAAACAUAAGCUUAAUUAGAAUAAGCUUAGUUACCUAAAUAAAUUAAUCUAAAUUGUUUAGAAAUCUAUUAAUUAUUGAAUGAUUUUUAUGUUGUUGUGUACACAGAUGACUUAUAAAUAAUAUACAAAGAAGUAACUGUUUAAAGUAUAUAUUUUAUUUAUAAUAUAGUAAUCAAAAUUAAUGCUAGAGUACUUGGAUUUAAAGCUAAAUCUCAAAGUACCUUACUUAUCCAUUUAAUUUUCUUAGAUAUAAUAAAAAAUGAACUGCAAUUUUAUAGAUUAUCAAUAACUGAGUUUCAAUUAAUAAGAAGUUAUAAUUUAGAGAAUUAUGUUCCUAUUUAACCUCUUUAAUUUAUAGUCUAAGAAUAAAUAAUAAUAAUUUCUUGUUAACAUAAAAUUAAUAACAAAUUAUUUCUUUUAAUUUUCAAGAGUGAGUCUCAAAUCUCUUUUCAUUCACUAUAAUAAGUUAUAGAAACAAAAAAUCCUUUUUUUUUUGUUGAUAAGUACUUUUUAUAUUAUUUUAAUGAUAAAAAUUAAUUAUCUGUUUAAGAUUUAUUACAUAUAACUAUUGAAAUAGAGCAAUUAGAGUUUAAUAAUAAAAGUAGCUAAGAAGUGAUAUUGUAAUUUCAAGUUCAAAUGGAAGAUAGUGAAAUUCCUCCAAUGAAACAGGAUAUUAUGAUAAAACUCUUNAUUAAAACUAAAAAUGAUUAAAUUUAUUCGAUAAUUGUCUAAAGUUAUGGAAAUAAUAUUGUUGAAUAUAGUUGUGAUAAUCAAAAUAAUCAUAUGUAUGAAAGUUUAUUACCGUUAAAUGAAUAAACAAUACUUAAUCUUGAUUAUUUAAAUACUCUUUUACUCUUAGAUUAAUAAAAACGAUGUCUAUAUAAGUUAAUAUUACAAGAUGAAAAUUUAUAAUAGAUGCCAAUCAAGAUUACUUGUUUAGAGUCAUAAAUUGAAAAGAUUUUUAAUAUUAAUUAUAAAAUUAUCUUAAAAUUAAAGGAUUAAUUUGUACUCUACAAUUUAAAAUAAACAUAAGCUUAAUUAGAAUAAGCUUAGUUACCUAAAUAAAUUAAUCUAAAUUGUUUAGAAAUCUAUUAAUUAUUGAAUGAUUUUUAUGUUGUUGUGUACACAGAUGACUUAUAAAUAAUAUACAAAGAAGUAACUGUUUAAAGUAUAUAUUUUAUUUAUAAUAUAGUAAUCAAAAUUAAUGCUAGAGUACUUGGAUUUAAAGCUAAAUCUCAAAGUACCUUACUUAUCCAUUUAAUUUUCUUAGAUAUAAUAAAAAAUGAACUGCAAUUUUAUAGAUUAUCAAUAACUGAGUUUCAAUUAAUAAGAAGUUAUAAUUUAGAGAAUUAUGUUCCUAUUUAACCUCUUUAAUUUAUAGUCUAAGAAUAAAUAAUAAUAAUUUCUUGUUAACAUAAAAUUAAUAACAAAUUAUUUCUUUUAAUUUUCAAGAGUGAGUCUCAAAUCUCUUUUCAUUCACUAUAAUAAGUUAUAGAAACAAAAAAUCCUUUUUUUUUUGUUGAUAAGUACUUUUUAUAUUAUUUUAAUGAUAAAAAUUAAUUAUCUGUUUAAGAUUUAUUACAUAUAACUAUUGAAAUAGAGCAAUUAGAGUUUAAUAAUAAAAGUAGCUAAGAAGUGAUAUUGUAAUUUCAAGUUCAAAUGGAAGAUAGUGAAAUUCCUCCAAUGAAACAGGAUAUUAUGAUAAAACUCUUAAAUCCAAGCAUAUUAAAGUCAAUCUAAAAUAAUUCAAAUUUAUUGAUUAAACAUGAGAAUCAAGAAAUGAAUUUUAGACAUUAUAUUCUUGGAAAAAUCGAUAAUAUAUAUUUGAAAGUUAAUAAUAACUUUAAAUUAAAAUAUCCAUUUGAAAAUUAAUUUAUUAUGUAGUGUUCAUAUUACUGUAAUAAGUUUUGUUUUUAAUUAACUAAUUCUGAAUCUGGAAUAUUUUUUAAAGUUGGAUAAUCCAAUAAAACUUAUAUGAUUUAUGGUAUAUAAGAUUACCUUUAAAAUAUUUUAUUCAUAGAAGUGAUAAAAGAUAAUUAAUUCAUAUUUAUAAAUUAAAUAAAUAAUGGGAUUCUUUAAAUAUCAUUAAUGUUACUAGAAGAUCAAAUCUUUAAACUUUAAAAAUAGAUUGAUACUCUUUUCAACAAUGAUGUAGAAGAAAUAGUAUUAGUGUAGUAUAUUUUAAUAAUUUAAUUUUAUCAAGUUCAAAAUAGAUUCUUAAUAGAUGAAAAUGAUAUUAGCUAAGUCAAUUUUCCUAUUUUGGAUUAAUAGAGUUUAAUUUGUUCUAUAAGUACUGAAUAAUUUAUAGAAGUAUUUUUAAAUAACAUCAAAAAAAUGAUUAUAAUUAAUCUAUUUAAAAUCAUAAAUUAUAAGAUUGAAUUCUAAUCAGAAUUUGAAAUAUCUAUAAUGAAUUAUUAACUAAAAGAAUUAUUUAAUGGAUAAAUGUCAUAAAUAUAAUCAAAUUUCAUAAAAUUAAUAAAAUAGAAUUUUAGUUAAGUUUAUUAAUAAAUAGAUUUGAUUUUAUUAAUAAUCAGCAAUUAAAAAUUUUCUGUACAGUUUAAAAUUAGACUCUAUCUAAAAGAAAAAAGAUAUGAAUUAAUUAAUAAUAAAAUUCUAAGAUAUCCUGAAAAUUUUUAAUCUUGUAAAUAUAUUUUGAUAGCAGAAGAAGAAAUUAUCUUUUAGUGUGGAAUUACGAGAUAUUAUUAUGACAUGAAAGAUUCUGAUUACCUUUUUGAUCCUAUUCAUUCAACGGAAAAGCUUUUAAACAUGGAGUUAUUAAAUAGUACACAUUAUUUGUUCUAUAAACAUUUUUAACACAAUUAAUCUAUUGUAUUAUAUGCAGGGAAAAGAGGAGGUUAUGUAUUAUAAAAAUUAAAAUAAGAUAUGACAUAUCCGAUAACUCUUGAAUUUUCAGCUCAUAGUAAUGAUUAAAUAAAGAUAGGUAAUUUAUAUUUAAAUUAUUUCUUAGAUAAAGUGAGCCUAUAAAUUUAAGUAAAUUAAUAAGAUAUUGUUUAAAAAGAAUUUUCUUAAUUAAGUUUAUUUAUCUUUAUCAUGAUUUUAAUAAUAGUUUUGGCAACCAUUUAUUUUUAUUAUAGAAAACAUUAAAUAAAAAAUAAAUAGUUUAGCAAAGUAAUCAAUAAUGAAAUUUCUUUAUCUACAAUUAAUCUAAAAAAUCCAUCAUAAAUUUGA